AUGUCGGCCAUUGCUUUAGGCAAGCAGGUCGCAGCAGCAUUUGGGCGAGAGAAACCUCGUUCCUCGAUCACUGAAUGGAUUGACAUUCUAACUGCACCGAGCUACGCUGAUGAAGUUUACGACGGUAUACCGGAACUCAUCGAUUCCAUUAACCUUCAACCCACUGGCCCAGCAGAGGCUUCCCGAGCAAUCCGAAAGAAGCUCAAGCACGGUAAUGCACAUCAGCAAUAUCGUGCGCUCGUGAUUCUGAAAGCGCUUGUGGAGAACUGCGGACACAAAUUCCAGACCACAUUCGCAGACGGUCAACUCACAGAUGCUAUACGACAUCUGGCCUCGGAUUCCUCAACCGAUGAGAAAGUCAAGAGGAAACUCAAUGCCGUCCUCGCGUCUUGGAGAAAUCAAUUUAAAGACGAUCACAGUAUGACCCUUGUCGCGAAUAUGUUUAAGCCACGUCGACCCUCGGAGCCUGCCCGUCGUUCUGUUGAUCACGAAGUGGAAGCACGCGAGAGCGAGUAUGAGAAGAGGAGGAGAGAAGAGAAGAUCGCAAAAGAGGAGGCGAAGAAGAAGGCAAAGCUGGACAAGGAGGCGGAGAAGGAGCGACUGAAAAACGAAGAAGCGGCAAGGCGUCAACGAGCAAAGGACAAGACUACGAGGAAACCGUUCAAUUUCGAGCAGGAGAAACCGCAAGUCUUGAACUCGAUUGCAAGCGCUUCAUCUGCUGCAAACAAUCUUGUCAAUGCAAUCACCCUUGUGAAUACCGAACAUGACAGUCUCCAGGCUAACGAGCGUGUACAAGAAUGCCUAGGCAAGGCAAAACAGGCUCGCAAACAAAUUGUGCGAUAUAUACAGUUAGUUGAAGAUGAGGAAUUCAUUGGCACUCUUAUUGAAACCAAUGACCGGAUCAUCGCCGCAAUUGAGACUUACGACAAGCUUUCGAACCCACAUGUGACAGAGCAAGACAUCGCCGAUGUGCAAGAAGGAUUGGCCGCCGCUAACAUCCACGAUUCUGAAUUGCAGAAACUGCAAAUCAAACAACGGGCAGCACUCCAACGUGCAGUCAACCGAGAUCGCAGCGCUGUGUUGGAGGAACAGAAUGAACGAUCACGACAGCCCCAGUCCCCUCUUCACCCUGACCUACAAGACCUUAGCUUUGGUACGCUGGGAGUCGAUCAACAGAACCUGCCACCCCCCAUCCGACCGAAUGGACCAUAUUCCUCAGACGAUGAUCGACGUGGGGGCUCUCUUUCCGAUUUCAGUGACUAUCAGUCGUCAGACGAAGACGCGCAUCAUCAACGUGCCGGACCUUCCUCUCGACGAACAUAUGUUACCGUUUCAGAUGACGAA